GCCGAACUCUUCGCACUUUGCACUCUCCACUCCAGACAACAUGUCUAUGAUCACGGCGACGACGUGGGUGCCGCGCGGCUUUGCGGCGCCCUUCCCCAGCAAAUACCAGUUCGACGAGGACGAGUACGAGCGCAUCUCCAAGCUCGCGAACCUGCAGCUCGAGGACGCAAAGGAGGACCUGGAGGAGGCGCAAGCAGAGGAGAAGAGCAGGAAGAACGGCACAUCGGGCGGCGCUUCGAGAGCCAACGACGAUGAUGACGCCGACGACGACCUCAAAGAAUACGACCUCGAGCACUACGACGAUGAAGUCGCAGAGGACGCGGGCGACACCAUGGCCAUGUUCGGCAACAAGAACCUGGUCUUCCAUGAGAACGACGAGGACGACCCGUACAUCACAAUGCCAGCCACUGAGGAGGAAGAGGACGAAGAGCGCGAGGAGCUCCAGAUCCUGGCCACAGACAACCUCGUGCUGGCUGGCCGGAUAGAAGAUGAGGUCGCACAUCUCGAGGUCUAUGUCUACGAAGACGAGGCGGACAAUCUCUACGUGCACCACGACAUCAUGCUGCCCGCCAUUCCUCUGACUGUCGAGUGGCUGGACAUGCCCGUAGGCAAGUCGAUUGGCUCGAGUGAGGGAAAGGGCAACUACGUCGCCAUCGGCACAAUGGACCCGGAUAUCGAGAUCUGGAACUUGGACGUCGUCGACAGCAUGUACCCAGAUGCUGUGCUAGGCCAGGGUGCAGAGGACGCGGACAAGCCAAAAAAGAAGAAGAAGAAGAAGGCCAAGAAGGCCAACGACGAAUUCCACGUCGACUCGGUCCUCUCCCUCGCCGCCAACCGUCACCACAGGAACCUACUCGCGUCCUCGUCUGCAGACAAGACCGUCAAGCUGUGGGACCUGAACACGACAAAGUGCGCCAAGUCGUACACAUAUCACACAGACAAAGUCUGCUCUGUAGCAUGGCACCCUGUUGAGUCUACAAUACUUCUCAGUGGUAGCUACGACCGCACAGUCGUAGCAGCCGACAUGCGCGCUCCCGAAGCCAAAGCACCACGAUGGGGUGUCGAAAGCGAUGUCGAGACCGUGCGGUGGAAUCCUCACGACCCCAACUACUUCUACAUUUCCACUGAGAACGGCAUGGUUCACUACCACGAUGCGCGCAACGCCCCCGCCGACCCAUCCGCCUCAAAACCUGUAUGGCUUCUGCAAGCGCAUGAUCAAUCUGUCUCCGCGUUCGACAUCAACCCCGUCAUCCCCGGCUACCUCGUGACAGGCUCAACAGACAAGCAAGUGAAGCUGUGGAACGUGCAAGCCAGCGGGCCGAGCAUGGUUGUGUCGCGCGACUUGGGCGUUGGAAGAGUCUUCUCAACGUCGUUUGCGCCGGACAAGGAAGUUGGUUUCCGUCUCGCGGUUGCAGGCAGCAAGGGAGCGGUACAGAUCUGGGAUACAAGCACCAACGCGGCUGUCAGGGCGGCAUUUGCAAGCAAGGUACCGCAGAUGAAGGGAGACGGGAAAGAGAGGCUGGUUGGGCUGGACGAGCCCGACACGGAUUCAGAUUCUGAGGAGGGGGAGAGUGAUGAUGGAGAGGAGAGAGGGGAGGAGGAGAAGGGGUGGGAGUCCAUGGAUGAGUAGGACGAGAAUACCCGUUGGUUGCGCUGUUGAGAUGUGUAGAAGCAGGGGAAUAUAAAUGCUAUAUUGAUGGUUUCAUUUGGCAUCAUGUAUCUCUCCCAAAACAUCGACUUGCUAAAUAAGUCUGAUAUUGUUAGCACUUCAGCGUCGCAACUUGCACAGGCGUACGGCAAUUAAGCCCACUUUACUAUAUACAUCUCGAAAUUAUAAUCGGAUGGCAAUAUCGAAGCCUGUGGUUGUACUUCUCCGUAGGGUCUCGCGCAUCUCAACAUCACCAACAUCAACAUCAACCGACGCUUUCCCCAACGGGCCAUCCCUCCCUCCUCGUCCCCGCACAAGAUUACGCGGCAUGCAACCCGAACCCUCGAAUAGUUCCUGACUAAGUGAUAGAUAUUUCAGGAACCAUAGAAUUACUUUUCGUGUCUUGGAAUUCCGCCAAGUUGCACAAGCUGCAUGGGUGUU